AUGGAUAGAAUUCUGGUAUGGAAUACUAGGGGGUUAAAUAGGGGAAAUAAGCAGGUGGAGGUAAGGAAUUUUAUCUCCAAGCAUCAAAUAGCCCUCUUUGGCCUACUGGAAACUAAAGUAAAGAUUCCAAAACUACGGAAUCUUUACCAAACGUUAUGCCCUGGUUGGUGUUUCGCCUCAAACAAUAGCAUCAUUGAUAGAGGAAGGAUUGUUAUUGCUUGGCUUCCUGAAGCUUUUAUGGUUUCAAUUGAGCUCAUGACUUCUCAAAUAGUACACUUGAAGGUGGAUCUUGUGGGGAAUGUGCCUUGGUUUUAUUGUACAUUUGUUUAUGGUUCAAAUGAUAGCCAUGAAAGAGAAGAUAUGUGGAAGUCCAUUAAUCAGAUCUCCACUAAUGACCCUUGGGUCAUUUUGGGAGAUUUUAAUGUUGUUUUGAAUCUGGAUGAACGAAUUGGGUCUCCAGUGAGGUUAUCAGAAGUAAAAGACUUCAGGGAGUGUGUUGAGAAGUGUGGAUUGGGGGAUAUAAAACAAGCUGGUAGGUUUUAUACUUGGAAUAAUAAGCAGGAAGGGGAGAAUAGAGUAUUUUCUAAGAUUGAUAGGGUUAUGGCUAAUACAACUUGGCUGGAGAACUUUGACAAUGUUGUGGUUACUUUCCUCCAUGAAGGGGAAUAUGAUCAUUGCCCUGGAAUUGUUAGUGUUCAUCAAGGGUGUGGGGGGAAGAAACCAUUUCGGUUUUUCAAUAUGUGGGUUCAAGGAGAUGGUUUCAUGGAGGAAGUGAAAAGGAGAUGGGAAGGUGUGGUGAGAGGGUGUAAAAUGUUUAAGGUCAUUCAGAAACUAAAAAGGCUUAAGGAAGCUUUGAAGUUAAGGAAUCAACAUGGGUUUUCAGACAUCCAGGCCAGGGCAAUUCAAGCUUACCAGAGAAUGAUUACAGCUCAGGAUAAAGUGCAUGUUCAUGGUAGGGAUGCUAAUAUGAUUACUGAUGAAAAGCAAGCUACUGAGCAAUAUAAACAGGCCCAGGGUAGAUACUUAAGCUUCUUAAAGCAGAAAACAAAAGAGAUGUGGAUUGAUAAGGGGGAUGAUAACACCAAGAUGUUUCAUCAAUCAAUAAAAGCUAGAAGAUCCAGGAAUAGAGUGUAUGCUAUUCAGGAUAAACAUGGGAGCUGGCAGAAUGAGGAGAAAGGGGUUAAGGAGGCCUUUGUCCAAUAUUACCAGGAAUUACUUGGUGAAUCAUUGGACAAUAGAUGUGCAGUGAAGAGCCGAAUCAUAGCAGAAGGGCCUGUGUUAACUCCAGAACAACAAAGGCUAUUGAGUUUGGGUGAGGAAGUGGCUGAUGCAGUACUGGACUUUUUCUCUACUGGGAAGCUGCUGAAGGCCAUUAAUGUUGCUUCAUUAACUUUAAUCCCAAAGAUGAAAAGUCCCACCCAUAAUCAAGGAGCCUUUGUGGCCCAGAGAAGUAUCCUACAUAAUGUGCUUCUAUGUCAGGAUAUUGUGAAGAUGUACAAGCCUAGACAAAAGCAGAAAUGUUGCCUCAUGAAGAUUGAUAUUCAAAAGGCAUAUGAUACUGUAAACUGGGCAUUUCUUGAGGAAAUCUUAUUAAAACUAGGAUUCCCUAGUAGGUUUGUGAAGCUGAUUAUGGAGAAUAGAAGAAUCAUGGAAAGUUCUGGGUUCAAACAUGGAAGGUUACCUUUCAGAUAUUUGGGUGUCCCAAUUAGCACAACUAAGCUGAAUGUUGCAGAGUGUGAGAAGUUAAUUGAGAAAAUGGUGAAUGCUAUUUGUAGAGCUUUCCUUUGGACUGGCACUUGUAAUAGUCCUAAGCCAGGAUAUGUAAACUGGACUGAGGUAAAGUGGAUUCAUGAUAAGUAUAUUAAGCAGCAGGAAUGGGUAAGCUAUACUGCACCUAACUCAGCUAGUUGGGCUGUGAAACAUAUCUGUAAGGCAAAGCAAGUGAUUCUGGGAGUAUGUGGGAGUGAUUGGUUUGAUAGAGUCAAGUGCACAACUGCUGAGACCUAUAGGAAGCUCCAGAACACAGGGGAGAGUUUACGCUGGUGUAAAGCUAUAUGGGAUCACCAUAAUAUCCCUAAGCAUUGCUUUGUGGGAUGGCUGGCCAUGAAAAGGAGGCUAAUGACAAGGAAUAGAUUGGUUGCUAUGGGUAGUUAUCAGAAUGAUAUCUGCUUACUAUGUGAGAAUGGAAAGGAAGAACAUGAUCAUUUGUUUUUUGAUUGUGUAUUUAGUAAGCAGUGCUUAUUGAGGAUACUAAGCUGGUUGGGGAUCGAGACCAUGGCUCGAAAUUUACCACAAUUAAUCGGCUGGGUGUUUCGAAGAUAUAAGGGCAGUAAAUUCAGGAAACAGGUGGUCAUUACAAGUAUUAUGGCUACUGUGUAUAUGAUUUGGUCAGAAAGGAAUAAUGCUCUAUGGAAUUGUAAUAUACAUACUAUAGAUAGAACAAUUAAUGUAAUUCAGAGUAGUGUGAAGUGUAGGGUUAAAACUAGACUACCUAGGCACAUAGCAGAUGAGGAUAUACAAUGGUUGUAUAGUUUGUAG